UGGCUGCCCUUGGAGGGUGGUAUCGAUUUUGUGGGACGUGGUGUUGGGAGGGGCUGGUUAGGCUCAAAAUUGCGUGAAAUGGGCAAAGAAAGUGUUUGUUUUCGAUGUCUGCGUUGUUGGCGACCGUAAGGUGCCACAAGUUUAUCACAACUGAAUCCCCUACUGUCAGUACCCUUCGCGUCUCAUUGGGAUCACAAUUCAGGUGGAUGCCGUAUGUCUGGACCUGUUGCUCAGUGUGGAGGGGUUCAAUGGAAAGGUGACAUGUGGGAUGACGUCCUGGACUGAGAGGAUGCACAGGGGAGCAGCUACAUUAGGCACAGUGGUCACGUCAUGUGGCCAACAAGCUGUGCCCUACCCUCGACAACUGGAAAAGGUCAAGUUUGGCUUCCCGCUGGACCAAGUAUGCAAGAAAGACAUUCCUGGCCCGCUGCUGGUGCUGAUCUUGAAGCUGAACAAGGAGGCGCCGUACAAAAAGGACGUCUUUCGAGCGCCCGGCCACCAAGGGAACAUGAAAAAGCUUGUGCACUUCCUGCAGAACGGCCGUCUCGUCAACCUGGACAACUUCAGCAUAUACACAAUCGCCUCCGUGCUGAAGAAGUUCCUGCGUAAGAUCCCUGACGGCAUAUUCGGCCUCGAAAACGAGCAGCGGCUGUUCCAGAUCGUCGAGCUGGACGACCCCGAGAAACAGCGCGACGAAGUCCACCGGCUUAUCACCCUGCUGCCCGUCCACUCGCAGCGUCUGCUGGUGCUGCUGUUCGGCACGUUCCGCGUGAUCGCCACCAACGCCGAGCGCGCACGCACCGGCAUGACAUCGGAGGCGCUGGGCGUCAGCGUGGCGCCCUCUUUCUUCCAGAGCUGCGUCAGCGACGGUCGCGAGGCGCGCCGCGAGGACGUGCAGCGCUUCAAGGAGGAGGUGGACGUGGCCAUGCGGAUCAUGAAGUUCCUCAUCGACAACUUCGGCGUGAGUAACCUGUUCGGCCGGGACAACUACGAGUACUACGCGCGCAUCACGGGCCGCAUACUGAAGGUCGAGGAGGACUGGAUCUUCAGCUUCCGCUACCCGCCCGACAACAUCAUCUCUCGGGUGCGCACGCUAGACGCUCAAAGGCAGUGGAUUGCGCAGGAGAUGCAGCAGUGGGGCAUCCGGCUCAACUUGGAAGCGAUGUCCGUCCAGGAGGAGUGUCAGUCGACGCCGGCGCUGCUGCACAUGCCGGACGACCCGGCGUCGGCGGCCGGCGACGGUGGCCCGUCCGGCGGCGCCGUGCCCGAGAACUCGCUGCGGCAGAGCUGCACCCGACUCAGCGUCAGUCUCGAGGAGAACGGCCUGUUCAAGGUGGGCUCAGCCGGCAGCUCCUCUACCUCGAGCUGCACGCUGAAAAUGACGCUCGAAGAGCUAAAGGAUAUCAAUAAGUACGCAGAAAGUACCAAAAGCCUGUCAUUCCUACCACUGGUGCACGAGCGGCAGACGGCGCGCAUGCGCACGCGCUCCGAAUGGUUCCUGACGCCUCUCAAGCUCAGCCUGCGCGCCGGCAGCGGCGGCGUCGCAGCGGCCGACAGCGGCGUGCUGCGUGGCGAGCGGCGCGCUAACCUGGCCGCCAGGGCGGCGCCACCGUCGACAGGUGGCGGCGGCAGCGCGGCGGACCGCGAGAAGCGUCUGGUUCGCCGCUCUUCCAGCAAGGACAAGGAGCGCCGACUCGUUCGCCGCUCGUCCAGCAAGGACAAGGAGUCGCGCCUGGUGCGCCGCUCGUCCAGCAAGGACAAGGAGAACGGCGCCCAGCUGCGCCAGGCGCUGGCCGGCGGCGGCGAGCCGGCCGCGGCCGAGGAGGCGGCGCGCCGCCCUCUCACCGAGCAGGAGUGCAGCGAGGCCAGCAACGUCAGCCUGCACGUGUCGCUCACAUACAAACCGCGCAUCUGAUCUCUGACCGCCGCCGCCGAUUCCACUCACCGAUUCCACUGCCACAGUACAAAGUCGGACUGCCUUCCGCCCGGGCGGCGCGCGCCCGCCGACGGGGGCGAGCGGGCGCGUCCGUGCGCUGCGCGUGUACUGGGUGCGAGCUGGGCGGACGCCACUGGCGCCGCCUGGCUCCCGUUUCCGUCGCUUUGUCAUUGUGUUUGACUCUUCCAUUUUCUAUUGCUGGUCGGGCGGGCCGCGGUCUGUGCCGCCCCGCCGGGGCGCGGCGGGCUUUUCUCCCGCUGGCGGCGCGCAGGGCGACAGUGCCGCGCCGGGCGGCGCAGACGGCCGCUUGGGGUGCGGGCGGGAGCGCGACGCGGUCCGGCUUCGGAUGUUCCCCGCGACGGCAGGAUUCCCGCUCUGUAUCCACUGGCGGCGGGGCGUGACGCGACCACUGGGGCUCACUGCGGCGCGGCCGGCCGCUCGGGGACCGCGGGGGCGCGGCCCGACGGUUUCGGCUCACAGUGGGGUUGUCGGCCGCGCUCGCGCAGGCGGACUCAGGGCCUGCAGCCGGCCGACGGCAGCCGCGCGGCGCCGUCUGCCGGUGCGCCCAUGUGACACGCUACAAGAUAUUCCACGGCGACCGUUUUUAUACGUAUCGUAGCUUUAAUAUGAUAUAUCCGCACAGCUUUCUACACUGCCUCAGGGGCCAAGAUGAUAGCAUUGUCUGUAAUUCUAAACGGGGCAAGUGAUUGUCCAGUUCUAGCAUUAGCUGGGAAUAUCAGAAAAUAUCACCUGUAUCGAAGACCCAAGACUUGCACCUACCGAUAUUGCGUUCUUGCCAUCGUAGUUCACAUGAUUAUGCGGAAAGUGCAUGCUAGCUGUUAUUAUGUAUGUUUGCGUAUUUAUAUUGUUACCAAAAAGUUUCUAAUUUAUUAAAAGAUUUUCGCUUCGUUUUGUGUGAGCCGUGCUAUCUUUGGUAUAUUUUGUACAUCGCUCGAUGAUGGUUUCUUAAUAAAUGCUGCACGUUUUC